AUGAAAGACAGAGAAUGGGAAAAUCAAACAUCCUACACAGACUUCAUCCUCCUGGGAUUCGGAGAUUUCCCAGGUCUGCAUAUUCCUCUCUUCUUCCUCUUUCUAGCAAUAUACAUUGUGUCAAUGGCUGGGAACAUCCUCAUCCUUGCUCUGGUCAUGACAGAUCAGCACCUUCAUACCCCCAUGUACUUCUUUCUUGCAAACUUGUCCUGCUUGGAGAUGUGCUGCAUCUCAACUAUCCUGCCCAGGAUGCUGGUCAGCUUCCUAACUGGGGACAAAACCAUUUCUGUUAGAGCAUGUAUUGUACAAUUUGAUGUCUUUGGUUCUCUGGUAGCUGCUGAAUGUUGUCUCUUAUCUGCAAUGUCUUACGAUAGGUACUUAGCAAUAUGCAAACCACUGUACUAUGCAGCCAAAAUGCAUGCUAGUUUUUGCUUCCAGCUGGCUGCUGGGUCUUGGAUCAGUGGAUUUGUGGCAGCUACCAUCGCUGCAUGUGGGAUGUCACAAAUGAUUUUCUGUGGCUCCAAUGAAAUAAACCAUUUCUUUUGUGAUUACACUCCAUUAGUAAAGCUUUCCUGUGUUGAUACAAAACCUAUGGUUCUUGUGAACUUGCUUCUCUCCUCUGUAAUAGCACUACCUCCAUUUCUAUUAACUCUAACCUCCUAUGUUUGUAUCAUUGCUACCAUUCUGAGCAUCCCUUCCAUCGCUGGCAGGCAAAAGGCAUUUUCCACCUGCUCCUCUCACCUCAUUGUAGUGACAAUCUUCUAUGGGACUCUAAUAAUUGUCUAUAUGCUACCAGACUCCAAUACACUGAGAGCUUUGAACAAAAUGUUCUCUGUCUUCUACACUGUUGUGACACCCAUUGUCAACCCCCUGAUUUAUAGUCUGAGAAACAGAGAGGUCAAGGAUGCCCUGAGAAAAGUUUUUAAGCAACUCAAUCUUUCACACUCAGUUGUGAGCAAGUUGGUUUGCAUUUAA